GGUACGACAGGAUCAGCAGUUGCAUGCGUCAGGGAUGCUGGCGGGUGACGGGUCUCACUCGACGCAACGUUCCUUGUCAGCGCUGCUGGCGUGCUCACAUGACGGCGACGUCGCAUGUCUGGAUGCCGCAACCGGUGUGCCGUACUGGCAUGUGCGCUUGCCGGCUCGAGCUGAGGCGGGUAUGGCCAUUGCGUGGGGGCGACCAGCGGCUGUGACGGCUUCCGAGGGGGAAGCGGCCGGUUCCACGUCAGCUGCUGCUGGAACGAGUUUUACGACAGGGCCGCAUCAGCUUGCCGUACCCCAGCCGUACGUUGUGGUGGCCUGCGGUGAUGAAAGGCUCUACAGCUUGGACCUGGGCAGUGGAGCUGUUUGUGGAGACGCAGUGGACUGUGGCGGGGAGUUCAAGUGCCCGCCGGUGGUGGACCCAUGGGUCGGUGCGGUGUGGGCGACGGGACAUGGCCGGCAUGUAACCGUCAUGCGGCCCCCGUCGCAGGUGCUGGCGCGGUUCAACAUCGGCGCCCCCAUGUCCACACCCGUCAUCUUUGCCACCAUGCCGUCCGCGUCUCCGCUCAACUUCCCCGCCACACCCGCCGCUGGACCCUUCUCCCACCAGCCGCAAGCGCAGCCCCAGCCGCAGCCGCAGCUGGAUACCCAGCACCAGGCCGGGUUGGCCUUGGUGACAGCUCUGGACGGCAGUACACACGGACUGCGAGUGGGGUGGCAGGGCGGGUUGGACCCCAUGCCAGCAGAGCUGCACCUGGAGUGGUUGUGGGCGGUGCGCGGCCCUGCGCCUCUGUUCAGCGCGCCGCUGCUGAUUGCACUGCCGCCGACCUGGCAGUCGGGCACGGAGGAGGCUGCGGGGGCGCAUGAGGAUGCGGAGGCGCAUGGGGGUGUAGGUUUUGGAUCGGGGAGCACGACGGCCGGGGAGGGUGUGCUGGCGGCGGUGGUGGGCCACGUGGAUGGCAGCGUGCGGGCGCUCCGACUGGGCAGUGGCGGUGGUGAUGGUGGAAUGCAGCCCCGGG